AUGUGUAAUUACCGUGCAAACAAAAAGGGAGCUCAUAGCUUUUCAGACAAGAAACUCUGCCCUGGCUGGGGAGCAGUCUGCAGGAAAUGCAAGGCCAAAAAUCACUUUCAAGACUCAAAGGAGUGUAAACGCUUACAAAAAGGAAAACAGGAGAAACACUCAGAUCCAAAACGAUCAAAAUCAACCUCAAAACCGUUUGUACUGAGAGUAGACGAAGAUGGUGAAAAUCACUAGUAUGAAGUUCCCGACAAAAUCUGUGUACUUAAUCAAAACUGUGAUUACAAGAAAGCUUUUGCAAACCUACUGCUGUCGAAGAAAAGAAUUCCUGUUAGCUGUCAGAUAGACUCUGAUUCAACAUGUAUUAUUCUCCCUGUGAAUGUGUACAAAGACAUCAGUGGAGAUUAUGAUCUCACAGACCUUAACACUGCAGUCAAGCCUGUUCUUUCUCUCUAUGAUGAAGAAACCAAAAUUCAGACCCUGGGAACCAGAAAAGUCUUUGUGCUAAAUCCUGCAACCAGUGAAGAAAUGAUCAUAAUGAUUCAGUUUAGAAUUUUUGAGACCUAACACCUCUGAUCGGUCUAAAUGACUCUGAAAUGCUCAAACCCAUUGAGCUCUCACGAGAAAACAUUGUUGUAGUAGCCCCAGCUAACCUAAGUGUCCCUGUAACUGCCAGUGAAGUGACAACACCACUCACCUUGGAGACCAUUCUGACUAACUACCCGCAAGUCUUUGAUGACAGUAUAGGAAAGUUUGAGAGCGAACUACAUCUUCACACAAGUAAUGAUGUCACUCCUCACAAAACAGUUCCUAGAGAGAUCCUCCUCUUUGUGAAGAGCAACUUUAUUGCUGAAGUAAAAGAUCUACAACAGCAAGGUAUAGCUGAGAAAGUGACUGAGCUUACCGAAUUGGUAAGUGAUCCUACAAUUGCAAAUGAACCUUCUGCUAAGAAUGGAAUUAGACUCUGCAUAGACAGCAGACCACUGAACACGGCAAUCAAACGAUCUGAGUACCCAGUCCCAACUGUCGAUCAUCUGCUUACAGACAUUAGCAAUGCUAAAAUAGUUCUCUCCAGCUGAUAUCAAAACUGCUUUUUGGCAUGUACCAUUAGAUCCAGAAAGCUCCUUGCUGACAACCUUUAAUACCCCUAUUGGACGGAUGAAAUGGAAAAGAAUACCUUUUGGCAUCAGUGUAGUACCUGAAGAAUUUCAAAGAAGAAUUGAUGAGAAUCUAGAAGGAUUAGAAGGUGUAAAAGCUAUAGCUGAUGACAUAUUGAUCUGGGGCGAUAGAGAAAACAUUGAAGAAGCAACAGCUAGCCAUGACAAGAGAUUGCUUGCCUUGUUGGAGAGAUGCCAUCAGAAAAAUAUUAAACUUAAUAAGGAGAAGUUCCAGCUGAGAAGACUGAUCAUGAGUUGUUCUACAUGGGUGUGGUCCUUACAGACAAAGGAGUUAAACCUGACCCCAAGAAUCAAGAAUUCAUUUAGUCAAUGCCUGCCCCAACCAACAAAGAUGAAGUCAGAAGACUACUUGGUGUUGUUACCUACCUCUCAAGAUUUUCACAAGACUUGUCAACCAAGUCAGAACCGAUAAGAGCUCUGCUGAAGAACAACACUGCGUUUAUCUGGGAAGAAAAUGAACAGAAAGCUUUGAUGAAAUUAAUACCCUCAUUCUGAAUGCACCCCUGCUGAGAUACUUCAAUGUGGCUGAACAAGUUGAAGUCCAAGUGGCCGCAUCAUCAAGUGGUUUAGGAGCCUGCCUCAUGCAAGGCGGCCAACCUAUACAGUUUGUAUCGAGAGCAUUGAAAAACGCUACAGCUAAAUUGAGAAAGAGAUGCUUAGUAUUGCAUGUGGGCUCACUAGAUUUCAUACCUGCACUUAUGGUAGGAAAGCGACAGUCUAUAACGACAACAAACCCCUUGCUGCAGUAUUGAAGAAACCUGUAGAAUCAUGGGAUAUGAUGUCGAAUUCAAGUAUUUAAAAGGUAAAGACCUUUUUAUAGCUGCUGCCUUGAGCAGAUCUCCAACGACUGACCAGCACCGAAGCAAGAUCGAACAAGAGAUUGAAACGACCAGACUUGUUCAUGAAGAACAAAGCUUAACAAGCAACUUCGCUGAAAUUGCUUAAGCCACUGAAAAGGACGCUGUCUUACAGUCUGUCAUCGACCGUGUUAUAUCAAUGGGCUGAAAACCAAGCAAACGAAACGUUCCUGUAGAAAUCUUACCGUAUUGGAACAUUAAGGAUGAACUGUCCUUUAACGAUGGAAUCGUUUAUAGGAGUGAUCGCAUCGUAGUCCCAGUAACACUCCGGAAGAAUCUGAUUAUUAAAUUACACCAAGCACAUAUGGGAACCGGGUCAACCCUUAGGCGUGCUAGAACUUCAUUAUGGUGACCCGGAACGAACAAUCAGUCGAAACAGUUCAUUGCUACAUGUGAAGUCUGCAAUGUUUUUCAGACUAAGAACCAAAAAGAAACACUGAUCAGUUAUGAUUAGACCCCGGUCAAAAGAUGGAUCUGAUAUUUUUGAAUGGAACAAAGACACUAUCUUGCUCUAGUUGACUAUUACAGUGACUGGAUUGAAUUUGACUUGAUGAAAAACCAAACUACAUGUGAAACCAUUAAUCUAAUGCAAAAACAAUUUGAGAGAUGGGGAAUCCCUGAUGAGAUCGUCACAGACUGUGGUAAGAACUACGACUCAGCCGAGUUCUCGCAAUUCUGCCAACGAAAGAAGACUAAACAUACCAAAUCUUCACCAUAUCACCACCAAAGUAAUGGAAAAGCUGAAUCUGCGGUGUGAAGAUUGUCAAAACGUUGCUGAGGAAAGCUGAGAAAACAAAAUUGAGUCCGUACGAAGCAUUACUUGACCAGCACAACACGCCUCCUGCUGGCAUGACAACAUCUCCCGCACAAAGAUUCCUAAACCGUCGAACAAGAACUGAAGUACCUAUGAAUGCGACAUUACUGACACCUGAGAUUGCAGAAAAAGUGUUAGCAGAGAAAACUAAGAAACACCAGAAAUCUCAAGCAUAUUAUGACCGCACUGCUAAAGACCUAAGUGAAUUAGAGCAUAAAGAUACCGUUAGAGUCAAGCCUGAAGGUCUGUUCAAAGGACAAGAGUGGAAGAAAGGAACUGUCUCACGGAACUGUGGAUAUCUUUCAUACGAUGUUAAUGUGGAUGGUAAACUGCUCUGA